AGAGCUCAGAUUCGAUGAGCCAGCCGGAGCCACCCAUGAAAGGAAUCGUUUUCCAGAAAGUGAGAGAAAAUUAGGUGAGAAGGAGAACAAAGAAAAAUGGGGAUAGCGGCAGCAAUAGGAGUGCUUUCACCCUUCCCAUUCUACUAUUGGCUAUGGAGUUACCCACAAACAUGGGUAGAGCUGUGUGGGAAGGGGCGUGACCCAUGCAAAGUGAUGGCCUAUGUGUCUCAUUUCCUGAAGCUGAUUCAGUUCCUUUCUCUUUUCUCGGUCUCUACCUUCUCUUGGCCUCCCCCUCUUUACUUCUGGCCCCUCAUUGCCUUUGGCCAGUUCCUCAACUUCAGGGUCUAUCAGUUGCUCGGUGAAUCUGGUACGUAUUAUGGAGUACGUUUUGGGAAGAACAUUCCCUGGGUGACAGAGUUUCCAUUUGGGUACGUAAAAGAUCCUCAGUAUGUGGGAAGCAUUUUAAGUCUUUUUGCAUGCGUAUCGUGGGUACCAUUUCAGUACAUUUCGUUGUGGACGUUGGGUUAUGUUGCAAUGAUAUAUUUGGAGUCGAAGGAAGAUCCUGCAACUCGCGCAAAACCGCCCUCAUAAUUCAACGUUUGAAUUAGACCAGAGAAUCAGAAUCUGUCAAGAUUCGAACAUCAAAUAUUCUUCAAUUGAGAUUACAGUGAUUUUGUUGAGUUUGGUUUCUGUCUCCGUCGUAAUGUACUCUCUUCUCUUUUCUUUUCUUUUGGAGAAGUGCUUGUAUCCCUGAUUUUUUCCCGAACAAGUUCAAUGGCAUUACCGGUACCUAAAUUGUUGAGUUCUAUACUUACUGCAUUUUGUAUUGCGUUA